AUGCAGAGGUAUGUUAGUCACUUGAUUGCCAUAGGAGCAUUUACCCGGCAAUCACUCCCGGUGCCUAUGCCGCGUGGAACUUCCCUGGAGUUCGUUGUGCAAGAGCUUCUUGAGAAGUGGGGGGAAAAACGUGCCGGAUACUUGAAUAUACAGUCACCUAUCCUUUUUGAGACGCUGUUGGAGCGCUCCAGACAGCCAAAGGGGAUAUUUCCCCUAAUCACGGAACAGCCAGCCGCCGUCCAUCCUUCUCCUUCUGCCCCUCCUCUCUUGGAACUUUACAAAUUCGCGAUCCCAGAGGUGUCAUUAUUGGAUAUAGGUUCAGGAUCCCGCCACGGCUUCUCGCCACCUUAAAUGAUACAUCCAAGGGUCUGGAUUUCCGUGGUCCGCGGCCUACUGGUGGUGGAAGAGAUCCCUUAGCCCGGGGCCGUUAUAUGGGCCGGCAUUAUGCCGUCUGGGCUGAUUACAACAAAAAGUAUGUUGAGAGCUGUGAGCUAUUGUAGGAUGGGGAAAAGGGCCGGGAGUGGCUGAGGCGGAAUCAAGAACUGUUUGAUUACUGUAGUAAUCAACUGCGAUUCCUUUGCCCGGAAUAGUAUGCACGUAUGACAGGAGGCGUGGUGAAGGCCACUUGGGGAGCAUGGCACGAUGUGUGCUUGAAUCAAGGGUUAAACUUGGAUGGGAGCCGUUCUCAUUAGGAUUGGAUGGACGACAAGAAGCUAUUUAA